CGAUUCCAACGCGUUUCAGACAUGAGCGAAAUGUAAAACAGCCAACUGGAUCAUGUACUUUAGCAUCAACCACUGCGCUUUUCUAAAAGAUUCACCUGUACCACGCGCCUAACCUACGCGUGCGUUUCAUCUCUUUCGCCUCCCAAACCUAUUAGCGUGCGUGAAACAAAUCAGGAAAAAAAAACAGAGGAGCGAAGUUUCCUUUAACACAGGAUUUUUCGCAAAACCCCUUCAAACCCCUCCCUUUGAUAACCCUAAAAUUUUUCUCUCCUCUUUUCUUGCAUUGUUAUUCACGCAAGCUUAUUUUAGAGGCCUGAGCUGCAGAGAUGCAUCAUCAGUUAUGCAUCUUAACAUCUGAUUGUGUCAGGGAGGGGUUGCUGCUGCUACAUUCUUGUUUGGCUUUCUUUCGUAGAUUUCUGGAGAUUGCUCGUUAAAAUCCUAUACAGACCUCCGGGGUACUUGGGUUGCUCGUUAAAAUCCUAUCCAGACCUCUGUGGUACUUAGGAUGUACUUUAACAAUUCUUAGCUCAAGGCUUGCAGUCUUAACCAUGGGAAGUUUUCGGUGUUCUUAGUGCUUCGUCCAGUGAGAAAAGAACUACAGAGAAAUUCAAGUUUAGAGGCACUCCAAGAAGUCCUGAAAUCUGGCCCAGGGAAAGAUCUUUCAGAGUUUUACCAGGACAAGGAAGGGAAGCAAUUGAUCUUAUCCAAGUGCAAAAUGUCUGAGCAACUCCCAAAGUUGAGUAAAAAGCAAUUUAAGACUCAAGAGCAAAAAAGAGCAUCUUCAAGUCCCAAGCAUCAUUCUUCUAGAAAGCAGCACAGGAAAGGGGAAAACCCUCUCCGAAUCCCACCAGUUACGGAGCCGUGUGAAGAUGUGAAUUGUUCAAAUUCAUGGAUCUGCAAAAAUGCUGCAUGCCGGGCCACUAUUUCGAUAGAUGACACUUUUUGCAAAAGGUGCUCUUGUUGCAUUUGUCACUUAUUUGAUGACAACAAGGAUCCUAGUCUUUGGUUGGAGUGCACAUCUGAAUCUGGUCAGGGGGGCUCGUGUGGCUUGACUUGCCACAUUGAGUGUGCCCUCCAACGUGAGAAGGUGGGAGUUGUUGAUCUAGGACAACUGAUGCAGCUAGAUGGGAGCUAUUGUUGUGCUUCUUGUGGUAAAGUCUCAGGAAUUCUUGGGUUUUGGAAGAAACAGCUUUGUGUAGCUAAGGAUGCCCGUCGUGUUGAUGUCCUCUGCUACAGAAUAUACUUGAGUUACAGGCUCCUGGAUGGGACAUCCAGAUUUAAAGAACUCCAUGAAAUUGUUAAAGAAGCCAAGGCCAAAUUGGAGAUGGAAGUGGGCCCAGUGAAUGGAGUAUCAUCGAAGAUGGCUCGGGGAAUUGUUAGCAGACUUUCUAUUGCCAGCGAUAUUCAGUCAUUGUGCUCGAUUGCCAUUGAGAAAGCUGAUGAAUGGCUGGCAACAAAGACUAACAAACCUUCUAAUUCCUCAGAGGGUUCACUUCCUGCAGCGUGCAAAUUCCUUUUUGAUGAAGUGACANUGACGUCAACUUCGGUUGUAAUUGUUCUGAUAGAAGUAUCCGCUGAAUCUUCUGAAGAUGUCAAGGGCUACAAGCUCUGGUACUGCAAGGCCAGAGAAGACACUUAUACACAAGAACCUGUUUGUGUCUUUCCAAGAACUCAGCGAAGGAUUUUGAUAUCGAAUUUACAGCCUUGCACAGAGUAUUCUUUUCGGAUAGUUUCCUAUACAGACACCAGUGAUGUGGGACACUCUGAGGCAAAGUGUUUCACAAAGAGUAUUGAGAUAAUACACAGGAAGUCUAAUUCAGUAGCAGGACACAAAAGGAAGGUGAAUCAGGAUACUGGAGGAAACUCUGGCUCCAAAGAGGGCUACUACACUGGAAAAGACAUUGAGUUUGAUUCUGGAUUCAAGGUCCGAGACCUUGGUAAAAUUCUAAGACUGGCAUGGGCUCAACAGCAAGGAUGUUUAGAGGGAUUUUGUGGACCUUCAUUUGCAAAAUGCUGUGAGUCUUGUAGUACUGUUAAGCCUGAACCUGUACAGGAAGAGAGGAAGCCAUCUACUUCUCGCCAGCUUGACUUAAAUGUUGCUUCAGUACCCGAUUUAAAUGAAGAGUUAACCCCCUCGUCCAGAGAUGAAGAUAAUGGCUGCACUUUAGGGCAGACUGUUGAAGCAGUUGAUGACGCCACCUCUCAUGACAAUGAGAGGAAUGGUCUUGCCGGAUCACAUGGUAGCGGAGAUUCCCAGAACUGGAACCAGGGGAAGAAUGGAGAUGUGUCAGCUGUUGGUUCUCAGAUGGAAGAUUGUCGGAAGAGGGGAACUAGCAAUAAUCGUGAGACACAUGACUCUGAUAGCACCUUGGUCAAUGGUUCACCUAUCCGAAUUCGUACAGGGGGCUUGGAUGAGAACUUUGAAUACUGUGUUAAGAUCAUCCGUUGGCUGGAAUGUCAGGGUUUGAUCGAGAAGGAGUUCAGGUUAAAGUUGCUUACUUGGUUUAGCUUGAGAUCAACGGAGCAGGAGCGUAGGGUGGUAAAUACCUUCAUUCAAACACUAAUUGAUGAUCCAGGUAGCUUGGCUGGUCAAUUGGUUGAUACCUUUUCAGAAAUGAUAUCCAGCAAGAGGCCACCGAAUGGUUUUUGUUGUAAGCUUUGGCAUUAACUUGUGAAGCGCAUAAAGGAUCAAAAACUGGUACCUAGGUUCAAAAUUGAUUCAGACGAUAUUCUUCGCAGACCAUCUUACUUGUCUGUACACUCAUUUUUUUCUCUCUAUAUUUUGUAGUGAAAUGAUUCAUUCAUGUAGGGACAAACCUGUCCAGCUACAAGAUUUGGGUUGUUAUUCAUGUGGGCAGUUCUUGACUUUUUCUCCAUGGGGGGAGAAUUAGAUUGAAUGAAUUCACAUUUGUAGGAAACAAUGUCUCAUUUCUCUUCCUUGAUUGCAUUUGAGGCAUUGACUUUUGGUA